AUGGACCAGUACGAGUGUUCCGUCUGUUCUGAAAACUGCUGCUACAGCCCCGACAGAAAGCUGUACAGCUCUGACGUCUGCUCCCACAGAAUCUGCGAAAACUGCCUCCAGCAGCAAUUUGGCGGCGGCAUUGGGGCAAUUUUGCCGACAGCGAAGGGGAACUGCCCAGUGUGUCAGCGGGCCCUCACGCGGGCCAACUACGUCCUCACGGAGCCGGAUCUGGACCUUUUCGCGGUGGAAAAGGAGGUUAGAAAGCGCGUCAACGACGCGCUGAAUGCACUCCGCGACAACUUCGAGAACACUCCGGCUUACAAUGACUAUUUGGAGGAAAAGGAAGAAGCCAUUUAUGAACUGGUAUAUGGCACGGAUGAGCAGCUGAAGCGGCGGCUUGAGAACCGUCUUCGGGAGUUGGAGGGCCACGGGCGGGCGCAGCCGCAGCACGUGCAGCAGAAGCAGCAGCAGCAGCAGCAGCAAAACUCCGAAGCAAGAGCAGCACUGCGGGUUCGGAAGAUCAAAGAGAUUGUCAAGAAGGAAGGAAACUUCUACGAAAUCGUCAAGUUGAAGCCGCUGGGCAGAAACCUCAAGUCCAGCGACGAGUCCUACGUACAUGUGCGUCCCAGCAGCAGCAGCAGCAACAGCAGCAGCAGCAGCAACAGCAGCAGCAGCAGGAGUAGCAGCAGCAGCAGCAGCAACAGUAGCAGCAGCAGGAGUUCGCUUCGCUGCAGUUUGGAAGCAAAGCGAGCAGUUAGCUGUGUUCUUCCUCCCUAG